AUGCUUAUCAAGGUCCGCACCCUCACCGGCAAGGAGAUCGAGCUCAAUGUCGAUCCCUCUGAUCCAGUUUCCAAGAUCAAGGAGUUGGUCGAGGAGAAGGAGGGCAUCCCGCCCGCGCAGCAGCGUCUCAUCUACGGCGGAAAGCAAAUGGUCGACGACAAGACGGCGGAUGAUUACAAGCUUGAGGGAGGUGCGACGCUGCACUUGGUCCUGGCGCUUAGAGGUGGGCAAUGA